GACGAUGUCAGCAUCACGAAGGAAUAUAUCCGGUUGCUCAAAGACGCUCACAUUGAUAGUCCCCACCAUCGCCUUUCUCCAGAAGGCCGUAAACGUCUUCGCAACCCACCCCGCUCAAUUGAAGACCUUGAUGAGGACCUGGGUCACAAAACGUCUAUUCAGAUUGCAUUGGGAAACCCCACAGACGAGCAGUACAGGCACUAUUGCAAGAUUGCGGAGGGUUUAAAACCAGGUCUUCGCUGCUACAGCAAGCAGCAGGCGGAGAAGGACCUCUAUAAGCUCACUGGCGUUGAGGGUAUCAAAGAGGACAUGUGUCCCAACACGUGUAUGGGCUACACUGGCCACUUGUCGAAUCUCGACAAAUGCUUAUACUGCCAGGAGGAUCGAUAUGAACAUGGUCGAGGCGGCAAAAAAGUUCCCCGACAGACGUAUAUGUCAUACUCACUUGGCCACCAGAUCCAGGCUCAGUGGCUACAAGCCGACAGUGCCGCACGCACACGCUACCGAGCCCAACAGACAGCCUGGCUCAAUGACCAGCUCAAGGACGGUAACACAGCCCCAUUUGAAAUAUAUGACGACAUCACCAAGAGCCUCGAGUACCUGCGCGGUCUAGAAGAGAACAAAUUCAGUGUCGACGAUACAAUCCUCAUGUUAUCCAUAGAUGGGGCUCAGCUCUAUGCCCAAAAGCAAUCCGACUGCUGGAUUUUCAUCUGGGUAAUCUACGACCAUUCUCCAAAGAGCCGCUACAAGAAAUGUUAUGUUCUACCGGGCGGUGUUAUUCCAGGUCCCAAUAAACCGAAGAACCUCGACUCAUUUCUGUUUCCCGCAUUAUACCACCUUGCAGCCCUACAGAACGACGGACUGGUAAUCUACGAUGGAGAACGUCAAUGCAUCCGAGAUGACCACCCUUUUCUAUUCAUUGUAACAGCUGAUGGGCCUGGGAUGGCGUUGAUGACAGGUCUGGUUGGCCAUCACGGUCGAAUAUCCUGUCGACUAUACUGCGGAAUGCCAGGGCGCUACCAGCGGGGUAAUCCCCAUUACUACCCCGUCAUACAGAUACCUGAUCCACCCUACAAUGUUGAAUCCUGCAUGCACCCCUCGAUGACAGCUGAGACCCUUCCCAAAGCAGGUGACGGUGAUUAUUAUCAAAAUCUUGCUCGUUUGAUGGCGUGCACUAUGCAAACAGAAUACAAGCAUGUCCGCCUUGCCACUGGUAUUGUCAAACCAGCCAUUUUCUGCGGUAUCCCCAAAGCGCUCCCGAUUCCCACUCUUUUUGGUGCCGAC